UGCCAAAGAAGCGCGGCAAGCUCCUCACCUUCCUUCGUUCCGUGGUGAAGGCCCGCCCAAAGCAACGGAAAGAGCGGGAGGUGGAGAAGGAGAGGGUGUUUGGCCGUGACCUGGGAGAGCAUCUUCUCCACUCUGGUCGUGAUGUCCCCCAGGUCCUCCAGAGCUGCGCCGAGUUCAUCGAGCAGCAUGGCGUGGUGCAGGGGAUAUACCGCCUGUCCGGCGUGGCGUCCAACGUCCAGAGACUGCGCCAGGAAUUUGAGUCUGAGCAGGUUCCUGAGCUAACCGUCCGCGACGUUCACAGCGCGAGCUCCCUCUGCAAAAUGUACUUCAGGGAGCUCCCGACCCCCCUGCUGACCGACCAGCUGUACGACAAGUUCUCGGAUGCUGUUGGUGCCACUACGGAGGAGGAGCGGCUGGUCAGAAUGCGGGACGUCAUCCAGCAGCUGCCCGCUCCUCACUACAGGACCCUGGCGUAUCUGAUGAGACACUUGGCCUGUCUGGCUGCCAACAGCUCUGUCACCAACAUGCACGCUAAGAACUUAGCCAUUGUGUGGGCUCCAAACCUCUUAAGAUCACAGCAGAGCGAGUCUGCCUGCGCCAGCGGGAGAGCUGCCUGCAUGGAACUGCAGACGCAGUCGGCCGUGGUGGAAUUCAUCAUUGACCACACAGAUGUCCUCUUCUGCUCCACAUCUGGAUCUGACAUCGCAGAUGGAGCAGGGCACAGUUCUCUCUCAGGGCCCCAGUCUGUGCAGGCGUCUUCUCCUGCCACAGAGCUGCUCAGCCUGGAGGAGGCGCAGGCACGGAGGCGAGGCCACAGCAGCUCUCCUGUCGUUGUGACAGAGAGCAGGGACAUAGGGGUGGAAGAAGGCCCCGCUGAAAGCCUGGGGAAACCAUCGUCUGGGGCCAAACGCCAGCCACAGCACCAUCCCAGGGAGCCCUCAGAAAUAGAAAUCGUAGUGCUGGCAGGUGAUUCAAGCUCUUGUCAACCGAGCAGAGCCGGAGCAAGUAGCGAUGCUGGGCUGUGUGCUUCCACCAAUGGAGAGCUCGCAGGAAGCACAAGUGGCUGUGGAUCAGCUGACAGCCUGCCGCAUAACAACAGUGACGGACAGGAGGAGCUCAUUCAAGUUCAAGCCCUCAUUUCUCCUGGCUGUGCUGAAGAUGCUGACCUGAGCCUGCCAGACACCGCAGUCACCAGCCUGGACUGUGACCCGGCACCUUUGCAGUGCAGCCCAGCCCAAGCACAGCCCGAGUGCCGCGACAGCAGCACCUCUGUGCAGGAGCAGGUCGGCAUCAGCGAGGAGCAGCAGAGCCUCUUGGAGGGGGGCUUAGAAUCAGGCCUCCAGUCCCAGGCACCGUGCAGCGGCUCUGACAGCUCUGAGCCACUCUCUACGUGA